AUGAUCGACCCACUCAUUGGGAUGACGUUUGACGUGUCGUCAAUGCUGGCCAGCUCCGGUCGUCGAGGUGACGAUGGCUCAGCUCCUCGAGGAGGCAACGGUUCCCAAGUACUGCCCGUCGCCGACCUGCCCGACGACUUUGACGGCGUGCCCGAGGAUGGCAUGCAGUACCUCUUCACCGUCAGGUACGUUCAAGCGAUCAACAUCGGAGUGGGUGUCCGAGUCGACUGACUCAUGCUCCUCGUGACGCAGACAAGAGGCUCGGAAACGACCGAGCAUCAACCGAGUCCCCAAUCCGUACCAAGUCAUCGCGCAAACACCCUCCCCGGCCCCGGCCACACCUCGAGUGCGACAGGUCGGUCGACCCACACAGGCUUGGAGAUCCUCAUUCGUCACCCAGUUCCUCCAACUGCGUCAGGUCAGUCUCUGCUCAUCGCGUGAUCGCCUCUCUGCCUGUCUCAACACGUGCGCUGAUUCUCCUCCCCACAUGAGCAUUAACCCAGAGGAUCGCAGCUGCUCCUGCUCUAUCUUCGUUCCCACCCAUGACCCACAACCCAUUACCUCAACCUCAAGACCAAGGUGCUUGGCAUCUUUUUAUCCACGGACGCAAGACCGCGCAGACGAGCGAUGCAGCCAAGAGAUCUUCCUCUUCGUCGACCGCUUCCCUCUCGACUCGGAUACCAACCGCACCACCACCGGCCGCCGCGACGCAGAGCACAACUACGGAUGUCGACAUGACUCCAGCCGAGUCAGAAGCAGCCGAGUCUCUCCAAGCAGCUAAAUCACAACUUCUCGCCUCGCUCGAACUCGACGCUCCGUCGGCUUCGGAACUACCCGACCCCGAAGAAGAUUCCACCGAGGUCCCCUCCCACCCGCCUCAUUACCCAACUCCGUCCCUCCUCCUCUCCAUUCCAGCAUAUUACAUCCCCCGCCUCUUGUUCCACUUCCAAUACUGGCUCGCGACCAAACAAGAAGACUACGAGAUGGCGAUCAAUUACACAACUUCGACCAUCUUUGCCCCUUCCUCUCUGCGACGAAAGCCCACCACGUCGACCCAGCCCAUGACAGCUGUACCAGUCAAAACCAUCCCUCGACCACCAUUGAUGACGGCACAUGAACUACACUGGCUCUUAUCCCUCUUGACACGCCUCGACACCCUCUUGGACGGUGAAGACAUAUCCACCCUCCGGUCCCUCGUCCGAACCAUCAAGCUGUCGAAUGAGAAAUCCGAGCUCGCCCGACGAGAGAGGGAAGAGGUGAGGAAGGCACCUCGACGUAUAGAGGAGAAGAGGGAGGAUGAGGAUGAGGCUGAACGACGUGGGUUCGGAUGGAUGAUCGUGGCGGUGGUUUGUGGGGAGGUCUGGGGCCAGAGAGAUUUGUGGGACGAGUGA